AUGGCAGACAAACUCAUCCCCGGCAUCCCUCAUGCGACUCGCAUUGCAAUUCUACAACAGACGGACACCCAAGAUCAUCCAGGAGACGGCUCACAGCCACCCCAGGAAAAGUCAGUUCUGGAAAGUGUGCUGAGCAGCGACGAAGCCCGGAAUGAGACGGUGCGCACGGCAGAUUGUAAGGACAUCGUGCGAACUAUAUCCAAUAUUGUUUAUUGA